UCCAGGGAGCGCAGUUUAUUUCCAUUGCUAGGGGAGCAUAGUAGAUUGGUAGUCAGUUCGAAUAGUACACUAGUUUGAGACCUACAUAAGGUGAGGUGUCUAUAAAAGAGCAAUCUGUUGGCAAUUGGCGAUUCAUUAAAUUGCCCAACUCUUAUUCCUUCACUUUGAAAAAUGAAAUUUCACGACUGCUUCGUCGUUGUUGCGGAGUCGGCAACUAUCCAGUUGGAAUCUUCAACACCCGGCUCCAAAAAUAAUUCCGAUGUAGUAUCACCUUCGCCAUUCCCCGUAAAUGAUCCUGUAUCACCUUCGACGUUUGGACUCAAUCUUCUUUCAAUUGAUUUCUCUAUUCCACCUGACGAAGACGUGGAUUCCGAUUACCUGCCUCCCGAUGUGCAACCCGAUCCGUUUCCCUUUCACGAACUCAAUUACUUUUAUGAAGAGGAGGGAGACGAAUUCGAUCCGUACGCGGAUUUCAUUGUGGAAGACGUCCGCGCCGCAGUCGAGCCAGUUGACAAUGUCGAAUAAUUAUUCCAAAAAUUUUACCUGUUGGAUUUCGCGUGCACUUUUACGAGAUUUUAAUGGCAAUAUCUAUUCUUUUCUGCGGAAAAUAUAUACGACUCAUACUAUAAUCAGUGACUAUAGGAGAAAAGCUUCUUAUUUCGGACUAAAAAUUGACUUUUUCUUAGCGUUUGAUGACGUAAAGAUUUCACUGAUAAUUUCAUUUCACUGCGAACGUCAAUUGGUGAAAUGUAACGAUGAGCUCUCCUGACCUUCUGCCUUUAUUUCAACUUGAAAGCAUUUGACAUUUUUUAGAGUUUUCCCACCUCACACCCAGGGAAAAUGGAUUUAAUAUUAAAAUUGAUGACAUAAAACCCAUUUCGACAUGAAUUAGGCAUUUAUUUGUUGCCGAAUGUUUCAAUGUCGCUCGGAUUUCCCCAAGAAAUAAAAAGGAAAAGGAGAUUAAAUUAAAUACGACUAUUGUGCUACCCAUCAGCUCUACGGUCCCAGGGAACUCUUUCCCCGCCAAUCCUAUAGGACUCUACAGUCUACCCGGCCGCCUAAACUUUCUUGGUUUUCAAAUGGUAUAAAAAAGCCGAGGACCAGUCCACUCUGCAUCAUUCGACCUACAUUCGACAUUCAUCCAACUGAAACGUCAUCAACAACAACAAUAUGAGUCGUUCUAUUUUUGUAAGUCAUUCAAACUGUUCGUACAGUUCUGCUUCGAUUCGCAUAUACUGUAGAUCAUUUCUCAAUUUAGAUUAAUUUUUUUUUCUUUCUAUAAUUAAUUGAUUCCGUCAUCAUUAUUCUGAAGAAAUAUACUAAUUGCUUUACUCAAACUGAUUCUCGUAUUUCGCAAAUUGAUUUAAAUAGCCUGCCUCACCGUUACUCAUUGCAGUGUCAAACGCCCUCAGCUGAAAUGCGAUUCAGAUGUUAAGAGUUUUUAAGAGAAAAUAGUUGCAGUCUAGCUCAGGAAUAAUCAUACGACGGCACCAACUAGUCAAAAAAGAAGAAUAUAGAGAAAGAUGUUUCCUACCUUGAAACCCGGGAAAUACAGCCAGGCAUCCACAGCAAGGGCUCCAUUCACAGAAAUCAGGUGAAUGACGGAAAAAUGAGGUCCGCGUGAAUACUUCCACACUCACAUGGGUGUACACGAGGACAGAGUUUUUCCAAUCAACUAUGGACGCUGUUCUAUCUAGCAAAAAAUUA